GGCUUUGUGUGUGGCUGGGGAGACAUGGGGAUAUAGAGCCGGCAGCGCGUCGUCGGUCCUCUGUUUCGCCUCGCUUGAGGAUGCUGAGUGUGUCGGACAGCGGGAAGCGUCGGCAGAAGACCACCGUACUGUCCGCCCUGCAGUAGACCCGCGCCAGGGGCUCAGGGGGGCUUAAGACAUCACAUGCUCCAGGAGGGCCCGCGAGAGACCCGCGGUGUGUCUGUCUGCACACUAGCUUCUUGUUUCGUAUUCACCCCGCUGGACUGGACGAGCUGAAAGCACAAUCAAUGGAUGAGUUGGAGCCAGAGGAGCAGUUCCUUCGCUGUGCUCGGAAUGGAGACCUGCCUGGGGUCCAGAGUCUCUUGAUGUCCGCCGUAAGGGAGGAGACAAAAAUAAAUAUCAACUGCAAAGGUAAAACCAAGUCUAACCUGGGAUGGACACCGCUUCACCUGGCUUGUUAUUUUGGACAUAAAAAUGUUGUGGAGGAACUGCUCAAGGCAGGAGCAGACGUUAACUUGCCCAAUAACAUCGGAGACACACCGCUGCACAAAGCUGCAUUCACAGGAAGAAAGGAGGUUGUCAUGCUGCUGCUGCGCUAUGAUGCAUGUCCUACGGUCAUCAACGGGUCAGCACAGAUACCCAAAGACGUCACACAGAAUGAAGAGAUCAGGAGCAUGUUGGAAGCCGCUGAGAGGACAGAGGAGCGGAAACUGGAGGAGAAACUCCUGGAAGCAGCGAGCGAAGGAGACCUCUCAACGCUAACUCAACUGCUCAGCAGGAAGAAGCCUCCAGACAUCAACUGCACAGAUCUGCUGGGUAACACCCCGCUGCACUGUGCAGCUUAUCGAGGCCAGAGGCAGUGUGCCCUGAAGCUGCUCAAGAGCGGAGCCAACCUCAGCAUCAGGAACAAGAAUGACCAGACGGUGUUUGACCUGGCCAGUGAUACAGCAAUGAGGCAAUUUAUUGAAGGCAACGCACAUCGAGGUAUGACCCGUCAUGUGAAGAAAUACGAGGGACUCCUCUGGAAGAGCUCUAGAUUUUUUGGCUGGCGCUCCUACUGGGUGGUUCUUCAGGAUGGGGUUUUAUCCUGGUACCCAAAACAGUCAGAUGCAGCUGCUAAUAUCAGAAGACAAGGCUGUAAGUCUCUCACUCACGCUCACUGUUCGGUACGUGACAAAGACGACUGCUUCUUCAGCCUCAAGUGCUUCGAUGACAGUAUGCAUCAAUUUAAAGUAUCGCCAAAAACUGAGGCAGAGACGACAAGAAAAGCAUGGAUUGAUGCACUGGAGGAGCACUCGGCCUACAGCACACAUUAUUGCUCCCAAGAGCAGGGCAGCGAGGAGGAGGAGGAGGAGGAAGAAGUAAUGUCUCUGGGGGAGUUAACAGACUCGCUACAGGCAGCGGAGGCCAGCCAGAAGAAGCUGGUGAAAGAAGUGGACGAUUUCCUGUGCAUGCUGAAAAAUGAUGGGCUCUCAGAAAGAGUUCCAGCAACCGUGCUGCAAAAAAUGCAAGAAAUCUGUGAGUUGUCUGGCACGACCACUUCCAGUCUCAGUGUGUGUCUCAGCUUCUUCUCCAGACAGGAAGGGGUGCGCAGUCUGAAAUUGGAGCAGGAGGUAGAGAAGAAUAAGAUCCUCUCCGAAGCUCUGCAGACGCUCGCCACGGAGCACCACGAACUUGAGCAAUCUGUCGUCAAAGGAUCGUCACCGCGGAGUGCCCUCAGCGAGGAUGAGUUCUACGACGCCGUGUCUGAUUCAGAUUCUGAGCUUUCACUGAACGUCUUUGAUUCGGUGGCCAGCCCUUCCUUUGAGGAGGAGGACGACGACAAAGGCCCUCUCAUGGGAAGCAGCCCUCGGGCCAGCCCGGCUAACAUGUUGCGAGAGGAUCACCAUGGCGACCAGGACGAGUCUCUGUCCAAUGGGGUCGUGGGCCAAAGGACCAGCUUGCCUGCACCCAUGUUCUCAAGAAAUGAUUUCAGCAUUUGGAGUAUCCUGAGGAACUGCAUUGGCAUGGAGCUCUCCAAAAUCACAAUGCCUGUAAUUUUCAACGAGCCCCUCAGCUUCCUGCAGCGUCUUACGGAGUACAUGGAGCACACGUACCUCAUCCAUCAGGCCAAUGAGUCCUCGGACUCUAUUGAGCGAAUGAAGUGUGUGGCUGCGUUUGCAGUGUCUGCAGUGGCGUCCCAGUGGGAACGCACAGGGAAACCUUUCAACCCUCUGCUGGGAGAAACCUACGAGCUGGUCAGGGAGGAUCUGGGUUUCCGGCUCAUAUCGGAGCAGGUCAGCCAUCAUCCUCCAGUCAGCGCCUUCCAUGCUGAAGGUCUCAAGAAAGACUUUGUGUUUCAUGGAUCCAUCUACCCCAAGCUAAAGUUCUGGGGCAAAAGUGUGGAAGCUGAGCCAAAAGGCAUCAUCACACUGGAGCUGCCUAAACACAAUGAAGCUUAUACCUGGACCAAUCCCACGUGCUGUGUUCACAACAUCAUUGUGGGACAGCUUUGGAUUGAGCAGUAUGGAAAUGUGGAGGUGGUCAACCACAGAACCGGGGAAAGAUGCUGCCUGAAUUUCAAACCCUGUGGCCUUUUUGGAAAAGAACUGCACAAGGUUGAAGGAUAUAUUCUGGACAAAAGUAAAAAGAAGCUCUGUGCACUCUAUGGCAAGUGGACGGAGUGCCUGUACGUGGUUGAUCCGGCUGGUUUUGAAGCGCAUAAGAAAAAUGACAAAAAAGGAACAGAAGAGAAGAGAGGCAGCAAAGCGAGCUGCAGUGACGAUCAGCUGCAGCUUCCUUCUCCGGCUGCAGACACUGUGGAGAUGAUUCCUGGCAGCCAGCUCCUGUGGAGGAUCAAGCCAAGACCAGCAAACUCUGCCCAGAUGUACAGCUUCACAACCUUUGCCAUGCAGCUGAAUGAGCUGCGUAAGGAGAUGGAGGGAGUCAUUCCCCAGACUGACUGCAGACUGAGGCCAGACAUUCGAGCAAUGGAAAACGGUGACAUUGACCUCGCAAGCGAAGAGAAGAAGAGGCUUGAGGAGAAGCAGAGAGCUGCUCGAAGAAACCGCUCGAAAUCAGAUGAGGACUGGAAGAUGAGGACUCCUCCCCUGGGCCCAAGGUGGUUUCACCAGGGACAGAAUCCGCACACCAGCUCCCAGGACUGGCUCUUUUCUGGUGGAUACUGGGAAAGGUGCUACAACCAGCUGCCAGACAUUUACUAAAUAAAAAUCUAUAGAAAUGUGCUGCAAAUGGCAGCAUGAGGUGUUUUUUUUUCCAAUGUCAAAUCUAUAAGCAAUAAAAAAGUGUACUUAAAAUGUGUGACCUCUAAUGAGGCAACUACUACAAUCAACAGGUAUAACAGGUGAAGUUGUUUGGAAAUGCCUUGAAUUUUCUCUGUUUAUAAUGAACUUUUCCCACAGUUCAGAGGUUUAUUGUUUUGUUGCCCAUCUGUCUUCUUUUAAAUACUUUAAUGUGUUUUCACAUUGAUUGUAUAUCUGUAUGUGUAUUUACUUCCAGUGUAACUGCCAGUGGUCUCACUGCGUCGUUGAUAUUUUCUGUGAACUCCACCUCACUAAAGUAACUAUCCAGAUCCUGGAAUGUCAGGUACUCAUGUGUUUGCCCUGAGAAAGGAAAUGAAAAAAUACUUUCAUACCUAUGCUUUCUGUGUCACCUUUAUAAGAUGACUUUUAGAUGUGCUUUUGUAUUGUUUGUGUGUCUUGUUUGUUGAGCUCAGUGUUUGAAAACGCUCAUAUAAGGGACACACAUAGUGAGAACCAGUCAUAUUUUAUUGAACAUUUUAACUGUGUGUCAGCUGAAUUUCUAACAUAUGAAAUACCCCAUGUAUUUCGUUUAAGCUUCAAUGAAAUAACAGCGUGCAGGCUAUUCAUUAUUCAACAUGCUGUGAAUUCAUAUCAGAGUUAAGUGAAAACGAACAGUGACUAUACGAUUAAACUGGGCAUUCACCAACUUCCCUACAAGCCACCUAAACCAGUGACUGGCUUCUUAUUAACCCUCUUUGAAAGUUCAGCGGUACAUCUAAAGUUGAAAUUAUGUCAUACUGUACUGGUGCUGCACUGUUCUUCUCUAUUAAUAUCAAUUCCGUCAAUAUGAACUUUCUGCGUUGUUUGCACAAGUAUGUGCGUUGAACCUUUUUACUCAUUGAUACCAGGUAACAGAUGCAGGAAAAAUCAAGACGUUAAGACUAACCAGAUGCAACACUAAACAAUGGAGAGGACUGUGUUUCCUGUGCCUUGUGUAAACCACUUGCAGGUGGUGAUUGGUUCAGCCGUAAAAUACAGCUUCGGCCUUUUACUCUCAUGAUUUAGCAUGACGUUCACGUAUGAAGCUAAACCCAAGUUAGAAGUCGCUCUGAUAAGAUGUUCUGUUUGUUUGUUUGUUUUUUAAUUGAAAUAGAAAAAAAAAAGAAAAUAUUUUGAUGAUUCUAUCUGGAAGCAAUCUUGCUGAUUUGAUAAUGUUGCAAAGUAAUAGUUAUUUUAGUUGACAAACAAUGAAAUUAUUGUUCCAGAGUAUGUAAUUUUCUUCAAGGUAUGUAUCCAACUGCAAUCAGGAACAACUGUUUUGCCCAACAAUAGCUCCCUUUUCUUUCCGUGUCUAACGGUUCAGUCGUUUGCUUCACUUCAAUCGUACUUUUUUUUUUUUACC